AUGGCCUGGAAUGUCCGUGGCUUAACGGACGAAUCUAGGCGCAUCUUAAAGGAACACUGUUGUUCCUUUAACCCUUUGAUCAUCGGUAUUUUGGAACCAAAAGUGGCGUUUCAUAAGGUCCCUUUAGCUUUCUGGAACUCUAUUAAUAUGACUCCUUGUCAUCAAAACAACCGCAAUAACCGGUGCUCCAACAUUUGGGUUUUUUCUCACCCUUCUGUUCGAACAUCUGUGAUUUUCACCUCGGAUCAGUCUGUUAUUCUGGAUUGCAGAUGGAAUAAUCUUGAUUUUAGGAUUGCGAUGGUCCACGGUUCUAAUUGUCACAUCGCUCGACGUCAACUUUGGGUGGAUUUGCUCAACCACAUACAUGGCGCCAUGAUUUUCAUGGGAGACUUUAAUGCUAUCACUGGUGCUCAUGAGCGUCUCAGCACGGUUGUCCCUAACCGAAGUUCUUGUAAAGAGUUUCGGCAAUUCAUUGAUGCUUCUCAUUUUAUUGAAUCUCCUACCUCCGGUCUUUUCUAUACUUGGUCCGGUCGACUGCCGCAUCACGUGGAAUCGGUUCUUGACAGGGUUUUGUUUUCUGAAGACUUUGCUGGCUUAUGGGAUUCGGUUAACACUCACGCUCUUCCGAGAGUCUCGUCUGAUCACUCUCCUCUUAUCCUCCAAUGCAAGAAUGAUGUCGUUGCUCACAGACACCACUUUCGAUUCUUUGCCAUGUGGACUUCUCACCCUUCUUUUUUGGAAGUGGUGCGUAUUUCUUGGCAACAGUUGGGUGACACUAAUUGUCCCAUUUUUAGGGUGAUGAUGAAGCUCAAGAGGUUAAGAGGCGUUCUCAAGAAGUGGAACAAGGAGGUGUUUGGCAACGUGAACACGGCCAUUCAGGACUCUUCUGCGAUUUUGCUCGAAAUUCAGGAGCAGAUUGCUCGUGAGGGUUACACAGACGAUCUUUUCAAGGCUGAAGUUGCUGCCCAGGCGGAAAUUAACAUUUCGCUAUCCCGUAAGGAUAAUCUUUUGAAACAGAAAAGUCGUGUUAACUGGCUUCACGAUGGGGAUCGAAAUUCUUCUUUCUUCCAUAACAUGAUCAAAUUUAGAAAGAACAAGCUUCACAUUGGCCACCUCAACAUUAAUGGCAUUUUGGAGACUGAUCAGGCCGUCAUUGAACAACAUGUCGUCAGUUACUUUUCACAUUUAUUUGCUGAAGACAAUGAUCGCCAGGUGGACCUUGUUGAAUUAGAAGCUACUAUUGAUCACUUUGUCACCGAGGAUCAGAAUGAUGAGCUGUUGGCCAUUCCUAAUGACGUCGAAAUUGCAGCGGCUGUUCAUGAUUUGGAUGCUUCUAGCGCCCCUGGCCCUGACGGUUUUUCGGGAGAGUUCUUUCGCACUUGUUGGGCGAUUAUUCAAAAAGAUAUUACUUGUGCUGUUCGUGGGUUCUUUAUUAAUUCAUAUCUUCCUGCCGGCUGUAAUGCCAACAAUCUUAUUCUUAUUCCUAAGAAGAACAACAUCACAACUGUUGAGGAUCUCCGGCCUAUUAUCAUCUCCAACUUUUUGUUUAAAGUGAUUUCAAAGAUUCUUGCUUCGCGUUUGAGUAAGAUUGCUUCGGUCGGCGUUUCGGGAAAUCAGUUUGGGUUCAUUGCCGGACGCUCCAUCCACGAUUGUACCAUGAUGGGAUCGGAGGGAUUUAACUGCAUGAAACGUACUAGCCGUGGAUCUAACAUGGCUUGUAAGAUUGAUAUUCGGAAGGCCUUCGACACCAUGAAUUGGAAUUUUAUAAUUCAGGUGCUCCGAGCCAAUGGUUUUCAUGAAAAGUUUCUAAACUGGAUCUCUAUUAUUUUCAAGUCUGCCCGGAUUUCUAUUCUUUACAAUGGGCGCACUAGUGGCUAUUUUGCCUGUUCCCGGGGCGUGCGCCAAGGGGAUCCGCUAUCCCCUAUUCUCUUCGGUCUUGCGGAAGAUGUUCUCAGCCACUUGAUCACGAAUUGCGUUUCAGCUAAUCAAUUAAUGCCUAUGAGCUUCAGUCGCGCAACUUUCUUCCCGACUCAUUUGUUUUAUGCUGAUGACAUCAUUAUCUUUUGUAGAGCGUCGGCCAGAAAUGCCCGCAAGAUUAAAGAGAUUUUGCACUAUUAUGCUUCGCUAUCUGGACAGAUUUGUAGUAACGAGAAGUCCAGUCUUUUCUUGGGCCCAGGAGUUUCUUCCACGAUGGGCAGAUCGCUGCAGCGUGAGCUGGGUUUCGCUAUUAGCAAACUUCCUGUGACAUACUUAGGAGUUCCUCUUUUUAUUGGUUGUCCCCGGGCUAGCCAUUUUGCUCAUAUCAAAGACCGUAUUCUGCAAAAAUUUGAUAGUUGGCAAGGCCGACAACUCUCUAUGGCAGGUCGCUUGUGUUUAGUCAAAUCUGUCAUCCAAAGUUCCAUUGUCCAUUCUAUGAUGACGUUUCGUUGGCCAAAGUCUCUUCUACAUGAGAUUGAUAAAAAAUGUAGAAACUUUAUUUGGACGGGCCGCAUUGAUAAAAGGCCUGUGUGCUCUGUUAGCUGGAAUCGACUCACCUCUCUCAAGGAGGAAGGGGGAUUGGGGAUUCGGUCUUUUACUAUUAUGAAUAAAUCUUUCUUGAUGAAAGCGGCUUGGAAAUUAAUUAAGGGCGAGGAUUGGGCUUACAAUCUGUUACGCACUCGCUAUUUGACUCGUUUCGGUUACGCUAAGCCGAACAUUGCGGCUUCCUCGGUCUGGUCCGGUCUUAAAUCCGAAAUUGCUGAGUUGGUGAACAAUUCCUAUGCUUAUGUGGGCUCUGGUGAUUAUACUCUUUUUUGGAUUGACAAUUGGCUUGGGUACAAGUUGGUCGAUAAGCUCGCUGUCCCCUCUUUUAUGCAUUGUUACCUCACACAAUCUGUUGCCGAUUAUUUCUUCGACGGGGUUUGGCAUUUUACGGCAGAUUUCAUUGAAUCUUUUCCUGAUAUUGUUUAUGACAUCCUGAUUCUUCCUGUUGGUAAUGACACUGAUACAAGAUUUUGGAAACACUCUCUCAGAGGUGAGGUCUCGGCCGCCUUAGCGUUCGCUGCACACUCCCAUCGGUUCCCUUCGGUUUCUUGGGGAAAGUGGCUUUGGGCUCCGUUCAUACCAGUUCGUAGGUCGUUGGUUUGUUGGCGUAUUAUCCACAGGCGUCUUCCCACUUUAGACUGCCUCAUUAGAAAUGGCCUUACUGCACCUAACUGGUGCUCGCUUUGCCAAAGGGAUUCUGAAACUAUUGAUCAUAUUUUCUGGUCUUGUGAUGCCGUGCGAUCUGCCUGGGGCGAAUUCUUGAGUUGGUUCGGUCAGGAAUCUCUCUUGGAGUGUCAUGAUAUUCAUACUUUGCUCAUUGCUGCUAUGAAAGUUGAUUUUAGCUCACAAAUUCAUAACUUUUGGAAAGCGGGCCUCAUUUGCAUGCUGUGGAUCAUCUGGCAGGGACGAAACAAUGCUAUUUUCGAGAAUAUUGUUUUUAAUCAUCGACAUGUUCUUAGAAUGAUAAAAGUUUCUUUUCAGGAAAUGGACGCCAAUUUUCCACGUUUGGGAACUAUUUCUAAUUCUUGGAGUGACUUUCUCAUUGUUCGCAAUAUUGGAGUUCAAUCUAGAUUCGCGGCUCCGCCGGAGGUCAUCAAUGUCAACUGGUGGCCCCCUGCUCACCCGUGGAUUAAGGUGAAUACUGAUGGCUCUGCGUUGGGUGCUCCGGGGGCCAUUUCGGCAGGGGGUGUUUUCCGGGAUAAUUGGUGUCAUGUUCGAGGCUGUUUUCACACUAAGGGUGGCAUUGGAUUUGCUUUCGAAGCCGAACUGCUCGCGGUAAUUACUGCUAUCUCCAUCGCUCAUGCUCGGAAUUGGUUUUCUCUUUGGAUUGAAGCGGACUCGACGUAUGUCGUCGGCCUUCUGCAAUCGCGUUCUUGUGAUGUUCCUUGGAGGUUCAUGUCUUCGUGGAAGAAAACUCUGGUGUUACUUAAUGACUUCCAAAUUCGCGUCUCUCAUAUUUACCGGGAGGGAAAUGCUGCCGCCGAUGUCAUGGCUAAUUAUGAACGUGAAGAAGGAUGGUGGCCGUUUGCGGUGGAUGCCGUGCGCGGUCCUGUUGAAAGCUUGGUAAUGGAAGAGGGUUCGUGCCGUUCAGCGUUUGGGUUUCGAACGUCGACCUCUUUUGAGCUCUUUCUUGUUAUUUUUUCUUCGAACACGUGGUAUGCAUGGCCGGCUGUUGACUUGGUGUUUGUUUUGGGGGUUUCUUCUCGCGCUUUGGCUCUGCGAUGGCGUUUGAUUUGUUUGGACGACGUGUUUGGGUAUGGGAAGCACCAUGAUCAGCGCCUCCUUAAGGCCCUUUCUUGGUUUUCCUCUGUUCCUUUUCCUCGAGCAGGUGGUGUGCAUGAGCUGCUCUUGCUUUUCGAGCAGUUGACGUUUUUGGAGGCUGGUUGGUGCUCGGAUGUGGCUCGUUUUCCCUUCAGCGACAAGCUGAGCCACGGCGGCUUGGGGGCAAUGGUUUGGCCGGAGCUUCCGAAGCCGUUAUCCGCUCUUUUUGUUUUCUCUUGUUUGGUUCUUUGUUAG